AUGGGCAACCAGCCGUCACAGCCGAAGAUCACUGCGCAGGAAAAAGCAAUCUUCCAGCUCAAAAGACAGCGGGACAACUUGAAACAGUACCUGAAACGCAUCAAUGUCGUCAUCGAAAGGCAGACUGCGCUAGCUAAACAGGCUGUUCAGGACGGCAACAUGGACAAGGCAAAGAUCUACUUGCGCCUGAAAAAACACCAGCAGAGUCUCAUCAACAGCACGUACGACCAGCUUGAAACCCUCGAGAAUUUGAUCGGCACCAUUGAGUUCAAAUUAAUCGAGAAGGACGUCCUCUACGGGCUCAGUCAAGGUAACGAGGUGUUGAAGAAGCUCAAUUCGGAGAUGAGUGUCGACAAAAUCGACCGUGUCAUGGACGACUUGGAGGAAGAGCGCGUGAAGGUAGACGAGGUCAUGGACAUUUUGGGCCUGGGCUUGACGAAUGCAGAGGAGCACGAAGUGGAUGACGAACUUGAGGCGCUAGAGCUCGAGGUC